AUGUUUGCUAACUUCAUCCGUCCUACGCUUAAUUACGUUCGCCGGCUACCAGCCUCGCACUUUCACACCACCUCCGUUAUACGAACCGGUAAAAUUCUGGUGGCCACCAAUGAAACCUUCAAGGAGCUCGUUUUAGAUGCCAAUGAGCCGGUGAUAGUUGACUUUUACGCAGACUGGUGCGGACCUUGCAAAUUGUUGACACCAAUCCUCGAACGCGUCGUCAAGGAUAAUAAAAGAGUCACCCUUGUGAAAGUGGAUGCCGAUGCAAAUCAACAAGUGACAGAUAAGUAUGAGAUUACCGGGCUUCCGACGGUCUUUUGCUUUCAUAAGGGUAAACCUAAAGUACACUUCAUAGGUGUCAAGUCAGAGGGUCAUAUCAAAGACUUUGUGGAACAAGCAUCUGCCCUUGCGGAUCAUUGA